AUUACUACUUUUCAAAUACUUUAUGUUUAUCCACGAACACACACUUGGGUGACAAUUGCACUUGCUGUCCAGAAAGUAAGGAAGAAGCUGAUCCCAUCCUACAGAAGAGAAAAAAAUCAAACAACGAAUCCAAAAAUAAUCAAACGACAAAUCCGAGAUAUAGAAGUCUUUCAUUUCCCGCCAAAAUCAAAUGCUCUUUUCUCUGCUUCAAACUCCGCAUAUACCAAUCGUAACCCAAUUCCCGCAGCAACUUCCACUAUGUAAUUCUCCCUUGAAAACGCUUCAUUUCUCUCGGAGUUCCCAAAUUAUCCCCAAGAAACUUUAUUGGUUCUUUUCAAUUUCAAGUUCUUCAGCUUCUCCAUCUCCUCACGAUGAUUUUGAUAUGGAAUUGGCCCGUUUAGUGGCGCUAUUGCCUGAAGAGAUGAGAAGAAGAGUAAGCGAGCACUCUGAGCUCCAUGACUUGGUUGAGGUUGUUAUGGACCUCGGUCGGAGACCACUGGCUAGGUUUCCGUCUGGUGACUUUGUUUUAUCUGAUUGUCCAGUUACACUUCAGGAUAUCGAGCAUGCUACAUCACAGGUUGGUGACUUUGCCAUUGACAAUCGAGCAGGCAUCAGUCGAACAUUGCACCGGAUCAGUGCUAUAAGAAAUAGGAAGGGCCAUAUUAUUGGUUUAACUUGUCGAGUUGGUCGUGCGAUACCUGGCAGCACUAGUUUACUAAGAGAUUUGAUUCAGGACGGAUCUUCUCUUUUGCUCAUUGGGCCUCCAGGGGUGGGAAAGACCACAAUUAUCAGGGAAAUAGCUCGAAUGCUUGCAACUGAUUACAAGAAACGAGUAAUGAUCGUUGACACUUCCAAUGAAAUAGGUGGAGACGGCGAUAUACCUCAUGCAGGCAUAGGAAAUGCUCGCCGGAUGCAAGUACCCAAUUCAGAUAAGCAGCAUAAGGUAUUGAUAGAAGCAGUUGAAAAUCAUAUGCCCCAAGUGAUAGUGAUAGAUGAAAUAGGAACAAAACUUGAAGCAAUGGCUGCAAGUACAAUUGCGCAACGUGGGAUUCAGCUAGUAGCCACUUCUCAUGGAGUUACCAUAGAAAAUUUGAUAGUGAAUCCUUCUCUGGAAAUGCUUGUUGGAGGAAUACAGAGUGUGACACUGGGAGAUGAAGAAGCAAAUAGGAGAGGAGUCCAAAAGACAGUAUUGGAGAGAAAAGGACCAUCAACAUUUAGUUGUGCAGUGGAGAUAAUUGCAAAAAACGAGCUGCGAGUUCAUCGUAGCCUGGAAGCGACAGUAGAUGCGAUUCUCUCAGGUCGUCCACCAAAUGUUGAAGUUCGCAAGAUGGAUUCUCAAGGAAAGGAGACUGUACGAAUCGAACCUUCUAUUGAUGCAUCUGCUCAGAAGAAAGAUGAGAUUUCGUUUGAAGAUCUCCAGAUGAAAGAUGAAAGGAUCAGUGGUGGCGGAUUCAUUUCUGAGUCUCCUCCAUACAUGCGAGAGAAUUCAUUGGAAGAUGAGGCACCACUUCGCUUGUAUGUCUAUGGGAUCCCGGAGGCGAGUGUGAUUCAAGGGACCAAUCAGUUGAAAAUAGAUACUGUAGUUCAAUUAACUGAUAACAUCAGCGAGGCAGAUGCACUACUUGCCUUGCAUUCCAAGCUCAAGAAGAAUCCUGGGAUUCAAGCUGCUGCCGAAUCUCAUGAUAUUCCCAUAUAUGUGACAAAGACAAACUCAUUGGUACAGAUAACAAAGGCCAUAAGGGUGUUGGCUAGUGAUUGGGAUAAUGAAUUGAAGGAUUCCAGAUCAGAAGACAGUGCAAAAUUUUCAGAGAAGACUGAUGCCCUAGAAGAGACAAGAAUAGCCAUUGAGCAGGUGGUUAUCCCGAAGGGGGAACCUGUGGAGCUGCUCCCAAGGCCAUCAAACAUUAUUUCUGUUCAGAUGGACUUCAUUCAAAAAUACCAACUACAAGCAGAGAAAAUUGGUACAGCACCAGAUAUACAUAUUCGCAUCCUUCCAUAUCAGACUUGGUUGGACAAUAGGCUGGAGUCUAGUGAAACUGUUGAUGUUGAUAGUAGAUUUGAUGACUCCCUCGGUACCAGUGAUGACUCGAAUGGAUCAACGCACAUGGUGGACAGGUUACCUCUCCUCCCUGAUUAGUCCCAACUCUUCUGCUCGCCAAUGAGAGUCAUAUUCAGCCUGUACAAGAGCCGUGAUCAUAUUGUAUACAAAAUGUUGAUACGCUCUAGUUCUCAUGUUUAGCAUGUUGCAGCCUCUUGGGUACAUGCACAAGGGUUUCUUGUCUGCUUGCUUUUGAUUAAUUUGGGUCUACAAUUGUGCAAAUUUAGAUGCAGUUAUAAGCCUAUAGAUACCGAGGUAAAUAAUGUAUCUGACACUGUCUGGGAAUUUACACAUGUGCAAAAUUAUCCAGUGAUCAAUAUCAAUAUGAACAUCUUUUACAUCA